AUGUUUUUAUCACGAAGUAUAAAAUCGAAAAUAUCGAGAUUAUGGAGUAUUAAUUUCAAUCGAUUGAUAUUAAAACAACAAUUUCAUGUCUCUGCAGUGACAUGUGACAAAAAAUUUAUAAACAACGAAAUCAUUUUUAAUUCAAAAUUUAUACAAAAAUAUGAACAAAUCGUCCCAGAGUUAAAUGUAAAAGAAUUUGAGUUAGAGACGAGUUAUGAAAACAAGUCGGCUGAUGAGAUAGUUGAAGCUUUUGAAAAUUUAAGCCAUUAUUGCUGUGAAAACUCAAUGUGUAUAAAUAAUGAAAGUUACAAUGAGUUGAUUUACAAGCUGGUUGGAAUCUUGAAGGAAUUACCACAAAAUCAACUUGCUAAAAUACUGUCAGACCUGUCAAGAUUUCCUCAAACACAAAGCCCAUUUUCAAAUAACUUCCAUAAACUUUGGAAAGCUCUUGACAAUAUUUGCUGUGACCGAAUCAAGGAUUGGGAUCAACAGACAUUGUUAAAGUUUUGUAAUCUUUGGUUGCAACUUCAUUUGUCUCAAGUUGGUCAAUUCACAUGGAAAGCACUGAAAAAGAUUUGUCGACGUGUUGAUCGACUUUCAGCUAAAGAUCUGGUUGAAGCUAUGUUCUAUGUAUCUGUAUGCAGGAAAAGUGUCAAGUUGCAUGACGUUGAAAUUAGAAUGUAUAAAAUAUUCGAUGAGUUUACAAUUCAAGAGCUUGGAGUUUUAUGCCUAGCAUUCUUCAAAACAGAAACCAAAAUGAAAGUGAACGUGUUGAUGGAUAAAAUCAUUGAUGCGACAAUAAAAGAAAUCGACAACAUUGAAGACAUUACUCUUGUAAGUUUACUCAAAAACAUUCGCUACUGUUCCGAUCCAACACAUGCGUUAAGAAUUGAAAAACUUUGCGAUGCGUUAAUUCCAAAGAUUGAUAAAGUUGGUUUGAUCACUUGUCUUCAUGCAGUAUUGUUAGGUGGAAAUCUUCAAUACUGCAAUCAUCAGCUUAUUGAAAAAGUUCUGAUACGAUUCAACAACCAAAUUAAAGAACUUCGACUUAAGGAAAUUGAUCGCAUCACAUUCUUGCUUGGACUUUUUGAUUUCAAAGCAUCAAGUGGAAUUGAAAAAGAAUUCUUAGUCAAAGUUGUAGAAGAAAUAAAGACGAGAAUUGAUGAAAUUUUAAAGUAUCCUACAAUUUUGCCCACAACAACUCAUUAUUUAACAAUAUGUGGAAUUAGUGAUGAUGAAUUAAUAAAACAGUCUUUAAAUCCUGAAUUUAUCAAACUAGCAUAUGGUUCAUCAGGACCGAAAAUUGGUCGAGAAGUUCUUUGUCUUGAUUCAUAUACACAAAUUAAUUCAAAAAACUACGACGGUCCUCGACUCAGUUCCAAAUCACGAGGUGAAAUUGUGAAAUAUCUGCGACAUUAUGUACCGACGAGAUAUCAAGUCGAUCCUUUAACAAGCACUGACAAACAUUUGCUUGACUUGAAAGAGUUUAUGGAGAUGAAACAUGGAACAAAUUUAUUGACUCAUGUCUUACCACAUUUUCAACGACCCGACGUCGUUUAUUGUUUCGAUGAAAAUGGAAAAUCAGUCACAGAUAAAAUUAUCGACGGUUUCAAACCAUUAAAUUGUGGAUGGAUUUUUUCAAAAAAUCAUGUUUUCUCAAAUCUUGGUAGUGAAUUCAGUGACAACAUCGAUAAAUAUCAAAUGGUUGCAAUUGUCAUUGGUGGAUGGAAUUUUUAUAUUCGUGGAACGAGAAAACCAACAGGAGGUCUGCAAAUGAAAAUUGAACAACUUCAAUUGGUUGGAUAUAACACAAUUCUUAUUCAUUGGAAUGAAUGGAGGAUGCUUAAUGAUGAAACCAGAGAACAGUUCAUCGAUUGUCACCUUCGGAGUGUCUUAAAUUCACAUAAACGACAAUCAGAAAGAAAACUUGGAUAG